AUGAUGCAGACCGUUCGCGAUUCGUCCCAGCAAGACCGCCGGGUCUAUGUGGGCAACCUUUCGUACGAUGUCAAGUGGCAUCAUCUCAAGGAUUUUAUGAGACAGGCUGGAGAAGUUCUCUUUGCCGAUGUUUUGCUUCUUCCUAAUGGAAUGUCGAAGGGAUGCGGGAUUGUGGAAUAUGCAACCAGGGACCAAGCGCAGAACGCUGUGAAUACGCUCAGCAACCAGAGCUUGAUGGGUCGCCUUGUUUACGUUCGUGAGGACCGUGAAUCCGAGCCCCGUUUCGUUGGUGGUCCCCCACGCGGUGAUUUCGGCCCCGGUGCCCGAGGUGGAUUCGGUGGUGGUGGCUUCGGAGGCCCCCCCAGGUGCUGGUGGUGUCCGCCAGAUUUAUGUCUCAAACACUUGAAAGACCUAUUCCGCUCAGCUGCCCAGCAGGGUGCCGUCAUCCGUGCCGAUGUGCACACUGACCCUACCGGACGUCCCAAGGGCUCUGGCAUUGUUGCUUUUGAGUCUCCCGAUGAUGCGCGCAACGCCAUUGCGCAGUUUAACGGAUAUGAUUGGCAGGGUCGUGCUCUUGAAGUUCGUGAAGAUCGUUUCGCUGGUGGUGGCCCCGGCUUCGGUGGUCGUGGUGGCUUUGGCGGUGGCUUUGGCGGUCGUGGCGGCUUUGGCGGUCCCAUGGGCCGUGGAGGCUUUGCUGGUCGCGGAGGCUUUGGUGGCGGAUUCCCUGGACGUGGUGGCUUCGGUGGUCCCCCUGGCGGCCACGGUGGUUACGCCGGUGGAUUUGACCAUGGUGCUCCUCCUGUUCCAUCCGGACCCCCCAACCCUUUCACUGAUUAUGCCACUUCCAACGGCGAGAAGAGCGCCGUCAUCUAUGUUCGCAACUUGCCCUGGUCUACUUGCAAUGAGGACCUGAUUGAUUUGUUCUCCACCAUCGGUAAAGUUGAGCGCGCUGAAAUCCAGUACGAGCCCAACGGCCGCUCCCGCGGUACUGGUGUCGUUCAAUUUGAUACUGCCGACACUGCUGAAACUGCGAUUGCCAAGUUCUCUGGUUACCAGUACGGCGGUCGUCCUCUGGGCAUCACCUUCGUGAAGUACAUGAACGCCGGCCCUGCUCCGGAAGAAAUGAUGGAAGGCCAAGAGUCGACCGUCGGUCUGACCCAGGACCAGAUCAUGUAA